GUCGAAUCGGCGGCUGAUUUGACCCGGCUCGCUAUUAGAGCUGCGAAAGUGAUCCGAGCAGUCACGGUUUCGGAAGCGGCGCGUCGGCCGGAGGAGAAACGCAACCAGCUGUCGAGGAGCUAUGAGCAGCGGUGGCGGAGGCAGAGUGCCGGCGGCGGCGGCGGCGCAGUCGCAGGAGCUGCAGCUACCGCCGGGGUUCCGGUUCCACCCGACGGAUGAGGAGCUGGUGGUGCACUACCUCUGCCGGCGCUGCGCCGGGCUGCCCAUCUCCGUGCCCAUCAUCGCCGAGGUCGACCUAUACAAGCACGAUCCCUGGCAGCUCCCAAGGAUGGCGCUGUACGGCGAGAAGGAGUGGUACUUCUUCUCCCCGCGGGACCGCAAGUACCCGAACGGGUCGCGGCCGAACCGCGCCGCCGGCGCCGGGUACUGGAAGGCCACCGGCGCAGACAAGCCGGUGGGCACGCCGAAGCCGGUGGCCAUCAAGAAGGCUCUCGUCUUCUACGCCGGCAAGGCGCCCAAGGGCGACAAGACCAACUGGAUCAUGCAUGAGUACCGCCUCGCCGACGUCGACCGCACCGCCCGCAAGAAGAACAACAGCCUCAGGUUGGAUGAUUGGGUGCUGUGCCGAAUCUACAACAAGAAAGGCGCGCUGGAGAAGCCGACCGGAGCCGGCGGCAGGGCCGAGGCCAGCAGCCAGGGCGCGCUGGGGUCCAUGUCCAUGGGCUCGCCGCCGGAGCAGAAGCCGUCCGUGCUGCCGUCUGCCACGGCAACGGCAACGGCCGCGGCCGGGACGGGGUACGCGCCGCUGCCGUUCUCGGAGCUGGCGGCGUACUACGAGGUCCGGCCGUCCGACUCGAUGCCCCGGGCGCACGGCGCGGACUCGAGCUGCUCGGGCCACGCGCUGGCCGCCACGUCGUCGUGCGGCGGCGGCGGCGGCGAGCGGCCUGAGGUACAGAGCCAGCCCAAGAUCGCCGAGUGGGAGCGCACUUUCGCCGCCGGCGCCGGCCCGGGAAUCAACCCGGCCGGCUCGAUGCUGGGGCUUGGCGGGCAUCAGCUCGGCUCCGCGGCGGUGGGGGUAGGGCUGCCCGCCGGCGACCCGCUGCUCCAGGACAUCCUCACAUACUGGGGCAAGCCGUACUGAGAAAGAUGACUGGUCCGAGCCGCCGGCGAUGAGGCCAUGUCGGCUUGUGAAUGAUCAUGGAGCUGGACUACAGGAUUAUUGCUGCUACGAGUUGAAUUAAACUGUUUAUAUGCGAUUGAUUUGGUACUGGGAUUUUUGUAUACUUGAAUUAGUACUCUCUCUAUAUAGAGAGACAUACACAUACUCGAGUAUAUAUGUUUUGCUUAUAUAUAGAGUAUGGAAUAAUAUUUAU